AUGAUACCCCAGCUUCACGAAGGAUCCCCAGCAUCCUCUGAGUACACAUUCACAAGCCCAUCCCCAGCUAUGCCCAGAAAAGGCAAUUUUGACAAUUACCCUCAGAUGAGAGAGCCUUUGUGGAAGUCCAGGAAUUUAGCCCAGAAAUACCAGCACACUGUCGGAGUAAAAACAAAUCCAAGAUUGGAUGCAUUGAAGAGGGGAGGGAGCACUGUCCAAUUCAUCGUACAAGGCCAGGAUUACCCUCAUACCAAUGCAAGAUUUCCAAAGAGGACAAUAUUGGUUAGAAAUGACUCCUCAGUGACUGAAUUUCUUCUUGCUGGAUUAACAGACCGCCCAGAGCUCCAGCAACCCCUCUUUUACCUUUUUCUGAUGAUCUACAUUGUCACCGUGGUGGGCAACCUUGGCUUGAUCAUUCUCAUCGGUCUCGACUCUCACCUCCACACCCCCAUGUACUACUUCCUCUUCAACCUAUCCUUCAUUGAUCUCUGUUACUCUUCUGUUUUCACCCCCAAGAUGCUGAUGAACUUUGUAUCAAGGGAGAACAUCAUCUCCUAUGUCGGGUGCAUGACGCAGCUGUUUUUCUUUCUCUUUUUUGUCAUCUCGGAAUGCUACAUGUUGACGUCAAUGGCCUAUGACCGCUAUGUGGCCAUCUGUCAUCCAUUGCUGUAUAGGGUCACCAUGUCCCAUCAGGUCUGUUGCUUGCUAAGUGUUGCAGCAUACAUGAUGGGGUUUGCUGGAGCCUCUGCCCACACAGGCUGCAUGCUUAGACUGACCUUCUGCCAUGUCAACAUCAUCAACCAUUACCUGUGUGACAUUCUUCCUCUUCUCCAACUCUCUUGCACCAGCACCUAUGUCAAUGAGGUGGUAGUUCUGAUAGUCGUGGGAAUUAAUAUCACAGUACCCAGUUUUACCAUCCUGAUUUCUUAUGUCUUUAUCCUCACUAGCAUUCUUCAUAUCAGAUCUGCUCAAGGACGAUCAAAAGCCUUCAGUACCUGCAGCUCUCACAUCAUUGCUCUUUCUCUUUUUUUUGGGUCAGCAGCAUUCAUGUAUCUUAAAUAUUCUUCUCCUGGAUCUAUGGAGCAGGGAAAAGUUUCUUCAGUUUUCUACACUAAUGUAGGGCCCAUGCUCAACCCCUUGAUCUACAGUUUGAGGAAUAAGGAUGUCAAAAUAGCACUAAGGAAAGCCCUGAUUAAAAUCUGGAGUAGAAGCAUGUUCUAA